GACACUGUGUGAAGGGAGGUCGCGGGGACCCUCCGGAGCCCUACCUCUCGCUGUCACGACGCGCCGAACCUGGCGAGAGUUUUAUGCUUAGGAAGUUUUUGCAGUUAUGUGAGUGUAUUCCUGACUCCUGGGGCACUGGAGGUAUCUUCUCUUUGGGGAAAAGGGGGCGUUGGGGCGUACCCCCCUGCAGCGAACCCUGACCACAGCGUUCCGGCCUCCGACGCUCAGCGCUCUCCCAGGCCGACAGAGCUCAGGGCGCCCGCGGGCGGAGGCGGGGCCGGCCCCCUAUGCAGAUGAAGAGGGCGUGGCCAGAGCUACGCUCCGGGCCCCGGAAGCCCGCUAUAAAAAAAGUACUGAAGAUACUUCCCCACCUCAAUUGCUAAAGCUUCAGACACGUGAGCGAGUGCGGGUCACGGGCACCAGAAGUCGCCACCUCCGGGACCACCGCAGCCGGGGAGGCAGGGGAGGCAGGGGCGCGGGCGGGGGCGUGGGGCUGAGUGUCAACGCCGGCCGCCGAGGUCUGGGAAAGACGAAGUCGCUGGAGCCUUUGCAGGGAGCGCACUCGCAGCUCUUGGAAGUGUUGUCGCCUCGCGUUUGGUCUCUCGCUUUGCUCCUAGAAGGGGCGGCUGCCUCCAGGUGACACAGACGGGACUCUCCCUUGCGCUUUCCAGAUGCAUCCGAGAUACUUUUGGACUGACCAAGGCCAAGUGGCGCUCGGCGGGCACUACAUGGCAGAGGGCGAAGUGUACUUAGCUAUGGCCGAGGACGAGCUGUCUGGAGGCCCCUACGUCCCCCUGGGCAGCGACUUCAGCAGCGGCGAUUUUGGCGGCGGUGGCAGCUUAGGCGGGCACUGCUUGGACUACUGCGAAAGCUCCACCGCGCACUGCAACGUGCUGAACUGGGAGCAAGUGCAGCGACUGGACGGCAUCCUGAGCGAUACUAUCCCGAUCCACGGGCGCGGCAACUUCCCCACGUUGGAGCUGCAGCCCAGCCUCAUAGUCAAGGUAGUGCGGCGGCGUCUGGCUGAGAAGCGCAUCGGCGUCCGCGACGUGCGCCUCAAUGGCUCGGCCGCUAGUCACGUCCUGCACCAGGACAGCGGCCUGGGCUACAAAGACCUGGACCUCAUCUUCUGCGCGGACCUGCGCGGGGAAGAAGAGUUUCAGACUGUGAAGGACGUCGUGCUGGACUGCCUGUUGGACUUCUUACCCGAAGGAGUGAACAAGGAGAAGAUUACACCACUCACGCUCAAGGAAGCUUAUGUGCAGAAAAUGGUUAAAGUGUGCAAUGACUCUGACCGGUGGAGUCUUAUAUCUCUGUCAAACAACAGUGGCAAAAAUGUGGAACUGAAAUUUGUGGAUUCCCUCCGGAGGCAGUUUGAAUUCAGUGUAGAUUCUUUUCAAAUCAAAUUAGACUCUCUUCUUCUCUUUUACGAAUGUUCAGAGAACCCAAUGACUGAGACAUUUCACCCCACAAUAAUUGGUGAGAGCGUCUAUGGCAAUUUCCAUGAAGCCUUUGAUCACCUUUGUAACAAGAUCAUUGCCACCAGGAACCCAGAGGAAAUCAGAGGGGGAGGCCUGCUUAAGUACUGCAACCUCUUAGUGAGGGGCUUUAGGCCAGCCUCUGAUGAGAUCAAGACUCUCCAGAGGUAUAUGUGUUCCAGGUUUUUCAUCGAUUUUUCAGACAUUGGAGAGCAGCAGAGAAAACUGGAGUCCUAUUUGCAGAACCACUUCGUGGGAUUGGAAGACCGCAAGUAUGAUUAUCUCAUGACCUUACACGGAGUGGUGAAUGAGAGCACAGUGUGCCUGAUGGGACAUGAAAGAAGACAGACUUUAAACCUUAUCACCAUGCUGGCGAUCCGGGUGCUAGCUGACCAGAAUGUCAUCCCUAAUGUGGCUAAUGUCACAUGUUAUUACCAACCAGCUCCCUAUGUAGCAGAUGCUAACUUUAGCAAUUACUACAUUGCACAAGUUCAGCCAGUAUUCACAUGCCAGCAGCAGACAUACUCGACUUGGCUACCCUGCAAUUAACAAUCAUUUAAAAAUGUCCUGUCGGGAAGCCAUUUCAGACAAAAAUAGGAAAAAAAGAAAAAAGAAGUAACACAGCCCUAAUUAGGGAUGUGUUUUGUGCAAUGAUGAUAUGCCCCUGGUUUUAAGCUUGGCAAAGCUUAUGGAUCUUUUCAUUGGUAUGGGAGCAUGAUCUAUAAAUCAUCACCCUCUUUAACUCCUCUCCCCUUAUCCUCCUCAAUUGGAUUCUACCUUGAAACAAGAGACCUGUCAUUUAAAGCAACCAGGUUCUCUUAAAAUGAGGAAAAAAUGGUUCAUGACAAUAUGGGUUUGCAGUAACUGCUCCCAUAGCUUUGCCGUGGUGGGGAAAAAUGGUUGAAAAACUUAAGGUGGAUUCACAAAAAGGAAAAUACAGAGGAAAAAAGUCUUAGCCCACCUUGUUUAUCAGUUCAGGAUUUCAAAUAUUAACAAUACAGGAAGAAGGGGAAUUCCAACAUCGGAAUUACUAUCUGAGGCCUGUAGCAAGUGCUUUUCUGUAGAAAGAUCUUGUGGGGCUAACAGAAACAGCUUGCUCCGAAUGAACAGUAGUAGAUUGGUGAAGUUCUCAUAACAAACAGCAGAACUUGUGAUGACACAAUCCAUUAAUUCCAGCUGCGUAGAAUAGCUCGCAUUUUUUAAAAUGUAAAAUGCAAGCAAAAACAGCUGUAGUGAAGAAAAUAUGCUCAAGGACCAAAGAUUUAACAUGAAAAUACCCAAGUACAGAGAUACAGAAUAUAGUUAUUAUAUUUGUUACACUCCAGUAUACAUUAAAGUGCCUGUUGCUUUCUGAAAAUUUGAAGUGGAAAAAUUAUUUUAUGGUUUAAUAAUAAUUUUAUUUCAUCAGGGACUCAGAAGAAAAUAAAACAACAUAUAAGCUUGUGAAUGGUGUAGGAAGUGCCCUAUUUUUUCUUGGCAAAUACCUGCAUAAAGUUGACAUUGUUGGUGUGAUGUUAUAGGUACAUGUGUGUACUAUGUGUGCAUAUGCAUACAUGUUGUAUGUGUAUACACACUACAUUGAUGUAAAACAAUGUAUCAAAUAGGAAAUGUUUAAAUACUGUGUGCUUUUAUGUUUAGGAUUACAUGAAACGUGGCAUAUUGCAAUGACGAAUUGAAACCCACAUCUAAAAAAAUUAAAGCAAACAAAAGGGGGGAAACAAGUAAUAUAUUUGAUAAGAAGAGCAGAGAUUAUAGAUUUUUUGGUGAGGUUUUGAGUUUUUUUGUUUGUUUUAUUUUUGUGAGCCAGAGAAACCCACAAAUGGCAGAAUGUUUGGCAGAACUUAUUUUUUUUAAAUAUUUGAACUGCCAUCUUGACAGUUUGAGCCCAGUUUUUUCUUUUUUAAAUAACUGCAUGCCUCUAUGGUAUGUAAUCUUGUGGAUCAUGAAUCAAUGGUAGGCUGCCUAAAUUUCUAACUGCUAAAAAUAAUUUCUGGUGAUCUGAACACUACUUAUAAAUAUUUAAUGAAUUUUUAAAUGAAUGCAUUCUGCAUUUGAGGACCACUAGAAUUUAGUAAAUGUGAAAUGACCCUUUUUAAAGAGUAUUUGCACAAUUGCAUAAAGUUUAUAUAUGAGAUAUGUAUUAUAUAUAACAUUUUAUAGAUUUAUGCCAGUAUGAAACAUCUUUGAUCUGGUUGUCUAACUGCAUUUAAAUAUUUAGUACUGUAUUUUAAAUUUAAUCACUUUGCAAUAAAUCAAACCCAACUUUAUUUUCUCUUUUCCAAGAGACCAGUUAUACCCUUGUGAAAUGAACUAGCAUUACUAUUUUAGUUUGAUGACAGCUAAUCCUAAAACCACCUCAUUUCCCACCCUUCUAGAUACUGGUCUCUGAAAAUGCAUUUGUUAAAACUAACAGAUAAAAACCACAUGAUCCCCACCAACACUAUUGGAAGACUGCCUACUAUAAUAAUUUUCCUGAAGACCCAACCAGAAAAAAUUUGUCAGGAAAGAGGGACCAGGGAAGAAGAUAGCAUUCUCCUUUUGGCAGAGUAAUAUGUCUGCUAUCUGGGCAUCUUUCAGAUGUUAAAUACUACAUUAAUCUAGGUUAAUCUUUCUGGAUAUCUUUUUUGCAUCUUUCUUUGAAGCCUUAAGGGGAACCUGAUUGGUUUGCUGUAGCAGCUUCCUGGUGAAUUCUGUCAGAGCUGUCACAGCCCUGGCACUGCCACUCACUGUUUUCGAGGGAACUCUUCUACUCUCAUGUUGGCUCAAUCUCCCUCACCCCAACCCUGGGUUUGAAAAAUUAAUUGCAAAGUCCUAGGAAACAUUAUUCAACUUGAGAAUAAGCCUGGUACUCAUCUUUCAGAAACCAGAGCUCUGCCUGCUUGGUUAUUUGAAAGUUUUCUAAAAGAAAACUAAAGGAAUGCUGAAGAACAGAGGAGCAGCUGGUGAUCUGCUUUCUUCUUAUCCUAACUCUACAAAUGAGUUGUCUACUAUUUUAAAGAGUGGAGGUGUGUGGCUCUUCUAUAGCAGCAACCUGAUGUUAAUUUAUGACACAGGUUUUUGUUUGAAGGAGCCUUAUUUGAAAAUAUAUUUUUCAUUUAUUGUCUAAAAUAUUUAUAUUCUUUUCUUGCUUACUUCAGGGUUGGUAGCUUAGUUGAUACCUGGCAUUCAGUUAAAACAGGCUAUACUAGACAACUUUCAGCAUUUACUUUGAGACUUACAUAAUUUAUUUCUAGUUUGUGUGUACUAUAGUCCUGUGCAUACAUAGUUGAACGUGCAGUGUGAUAUAUGUCUCUGUGGAUGUGUGGCCUAAAAAUCUGAAUGUCUGGUGAGAGAGCUGUGUGUAUAAGUCAGAAAAGAACAGUUCUCAACUCCUGAUUAGUGCCUGUGAUUUGUUUGCUUUUGUGUUUAUCUGGCCUAGUGUGCUAUUCCUUUGAAAUAGGAAGAAGUCUUUUUCUUCUGGAAGAUCUUCUUACCUGUCCAGUCUGGCAUGUCAGAGAACACUUAGCUUGUAACAAUGCCCUCUGAAAAAAGUUUACUUCAUCUGCAGUAAAUCCAGCUGCUUCAACAACUCCUACACCAGGAUGGACUUUUCCUUUGCAGAAAUGGGUUCAAGAAUAUGCUCACUUUGAUAUUGGGUGGGCUGUUUCAAUGUGGGCCCAAAAUAGUCAAGAAUGGAAGAGUUUCUGUACUGCAAGCCAAGAAGGAAAUGAAAUAAGUGAACAUACUAUUUGUACCACCCCUUUCUGUUUGCUUAUUGUUGGUUGUUUUACUGUGCAUAAGAUUGUUUUCAAUGUAAUGCUUGUUAAAUAAAUAUUGUGAACUAUUUUAUAAAUGAAAUGUAUUAUGUUGAAAGCUGUCAGAAGCUGUCAAAAAUAAGCUUUUUUUGUUGAAGUUGAAGUGUGUUAGAUGAAACCAAAAAGUAAAAAAUAAGUGACUUCAUAUAUAGUACCUAUUGAAUAUAAUCUUUCUUUAAGAUUUCUUUUAGCAUAGCCUUUUCAGUGCUAAGAAAGACUGUAUCUAAUAUUUUGUUAUAAUACUGGCUUGCUAACAAAGUAAAUGGUAAAAGUACAAAGUGGGAAGGUGUCAAGAUAACUGGGAAGACUUGCUGCAAAACUGCAGAAUGGAGACUGCCUGUUGGCUGUCUCUCUCUCCCUCCUCUCUACAUCAAUUGCCUACUCUGAGGCAUCCUACUAUGGCAAGCUGCACGUUGGGGCACUCUUUUGGAAUAUUUUGACUGUAGUGUGUCACAGGCAGAAAAGGAGUUGAUUGAAAAUGGACUCUUGAAAACUGACAAGUUUGAAUCAGUGCUAGAGGGAACAGAUUGUGAAUUUUGUUUACAGCAUCCAAUAUUUGGAUUUUUUUUGUAAAUAAAAAGAAGUUAUUUUUUUCUAUGGA